UCGUUUUAGCGACAGAGAUCAUUAAAUUCACGCAAAACAUGUCAAAUAAAUAAACACCGGGAAAAAGUUAAACGCCCGAAAAACUUUGGCUUUGACAUGGUGAAAGAGAAGGUAAAUUCGAUCCGGACAUAUGAUGAGGAUGGAUAUCGUCGAAGAGCUGCUUGUUUAUGUUUUAAAGACGAGACGGAGCAAGAGAUCCUGCUGGUGAGCAGCAGUAAACACAUUGACAGAUGGGUGGUGCCCGGAGGAGGGAUAGAGCCCAGUGAGGAGCCCAAACUUGCUGCAGUCAGAGAAGCCCUGGAGGAGGCAGGAGCCCAGGGGAGGCUUAUUAGACAGCUAGGGGUGUUUGAGAAUUCCGAAAAGAAGCAUAGAACCAACCUGUAUGCUUUCAUUGUGUCAGAUUUACUGGAUGAAUGGGACGAUGGAAAAGUCAUGGGCAGAAGACGACAGUGGUUUUCAAUAAUGGAAGCAAAAGACAUGUUAUCCCACAAACCUGUACAGGUGACCUACCUUGACGGGAUUGCACGAGGAUUAAACGGGUUCGUGAAGCGAUGAACAUGGUGAUCUACACAGUGAUUGUGUGUGGUGUUAUCUGGGGAACCAGUCGCUUGGUGAAUUUGUUGAGUGGACUUAGGUUGCAUGACAAAUUUGUUAAAGUGACUUUGUAUGAUGAAUUUGUCGUGUUGACCCGAGUCGCAUGGCGAAAAUUUUGUGAUGGUUUAAUCAUUCCUGGGACUGACUGGUGGAUGUCCCUAAUUUUAAGUCAACUGGUUGGAACCACCGUUACACCUAUUAAUAAUUGUUCCACUUCCUUGGGAUGUUUCUGUUUAAACUCUGUAAUGUUGACCAAAUUGAGUAUUUAUUGUGUUUAUGAUUAUUUUAAAAGUAUAAUGCAUUAUGUGAUGUGGCACAAUGUUCUAUAAUGGUGCACAAUUGUUUUUGAGAUGAAUUAGACCAAAUCUGUAAACUGUCAUUUUAAGCUUGUUUAAAAAAAUGAGAAUCGUUAUUGCUUAAACAUCAUUGUAAGCGUGUAUAAACAUUAUGUUGGACAUUUCUUAAAACUAUAACCAUGAAACUUGGUACAGAAGUUCAUGUAACGCUAUGACAAUGCACAAAUGUGUUUUGGAUAAAAUAGUAAAUAACUGGCCAAUAAUUAUAGUAUUUACUGUGACUUUAGACCUAUCUCAUUGUUUUGGUUGGACUGUAAAAAUAAUUUGCAAAUAGUUAUAUUUUCGGUGACUUUUAAUCAAAAAGUUCAUUGAAUACUUUUUUGUGUAGUUGUUUAGAAAGAUGCAUUUACAAAUGUACAUUUAAGACUGAUGUGAAAAACGUGAUGAUUUUAAUUUCUGGGUAAUUAAAAUUAGUGUGUACGAUGAUUAUGAAUUUUAAACCCAAUUAUUUACAGAUGUUGUUUUAUUUUCAUUUGCUACCUUAUGAAAUUUAUAACAAAAUUCCUACAUUCUAUCAUGUGAAGUGCUAAGAAAUAUUGGUAAAACUUGUUUUCGAUUUGUACAUGUAUAGUGUAUCUACUAUUAUAUAUGAAAUGCCAUAAAUUGAAAUUGUAAAAUAUUUGAGCAGUUAAAGCUGCUACUGCUUCCAUAUCAAGCAAUAAAACUUGCAAAAGCAUGUGAUGUGAAAUGUGUUGUAUGUGGAAAUUGUUAUACAAACAGUAUUUGACCUAAUAGAUGUGCCCUGCCUAAGUAAUUUUUAAUACCCUCUAGCUCUAAAAUUCCUGUGGUGGUUUGUAACCUUACAGUAGUACACUAUGGUGCAGUUUUAUAGUGAUGGCAGGUGCACUGUAACCAGAAUGGUGAUCGAUACAUUGUUUUAUAGCCUGAUGAUUUACAAAUGACUUUGAAGAAUAUGAGAAUUAUACUACUCCCUCUGGUGUCUGCAUCACACCUUUGUUAAGGUUUUGCAUGUAAGCACAUGUAAGUCAAUAUCUCAGCAAUUACUUAGUGUAUUGCGGUGGAACUUAUUAAUCAAGUGACAAAACUCUAUAAUCCAGAUUAUGGCCCUUUAUUAUUGGACUUUUAAAUUCUGGUGAAGGUUUUGCAUGUAGCCACACACAAGUCAUUAUCUUAGCAACUUCUUGACAUAUUGCAUUGAAAGUUUAUCCAAGGAUUUUCAACCACCCAACUUACCUAAUGAAUCUAUUAAGAUAACUAUAUUUUGAAUAUAAUACCAAUUAUGGCCCUUUAUUUUUUCAAUUAGAAAUUAUGGUGGGUCAAUAUCUCUGUAAACUUCUUGAUGUAUUGCAUUAAAACUUAAGACAAUGGCUCUCAACAAUACAACCUGCUUAACUUAUCAAGUCAGAUAAUUAUCCUGCCAGAUAGCAAAUUAUGGCCCAUUACUAUUUGACUAAAAAAUAGCGUGCCGACGGUAUACACAUCUAUGAGAACAAAUACUGUAAACAUGUACCCAUCUCAUUAAAUGGAACUCACUUUUCUUAACAGUGUUUUUUUCUUGUUAAAUUUCAUCUUUUACCUUUUUUUAAAUUGCCAUCACUGUUUAAUUAAAUUAUUUUUGCUAGUAUAAGAAUUGAUUUGUAAGAACAAUCAUAAAAUAGAAAUCUUGUUCCUUGUUUGUUUUUCACAAGACAAUAAGUUCACCUUCAAAGGUAGCUCUUUUUUAUGUCCUUCAGAAAAGGUUGUUUUAUUUUUGUUUUGUUUUCACUUAUUUGUUGGUACUGUAAAUCAUUAAAUAUUGAUGUGGUGUAUUUUUUGGCGCAACUCCAAAGGACAGUAUUGCAUAUCGGCACUUAAUAGCCAUUUUUUAAGCAAAUUUAAUGCUCUUACAGUACACAUAUUAGAUUAUUGUUUCAUUAUUUACAAUUAACAGGAUUUUGUAACCCAGAAUAUUUUGUUUGUGUUUGUUAUGAAUAUAUUGUUUUAGUUUAUGAUGAAUUUGCUCAUUUUACGGUAGUUCAGAUCAGUUGCCGAUAUUUUUGCACAACAUUCAAUGCACUUUUUUUUUUUUAUUAAAAUGUUAAUGUGGAAUUCACAUGAUACCAACAAAGUAUUACCAUUAGUUUCCAAUUUAUUUUAAGGGGCUCGACACCAAAUGGUCCCAAAAUCUGCAAAUACAUUAUUUCAACAGAACAAACCUAGAAUGAUCAAAAUUGGCUCGUAUGAGGCUGAUUAUACAUCAUUUGACAUGAUUAAAAUAAUAUUUUGUCGCUGUCUCAGCUGAGUUUAUCCAUUUACAAAUAGCGCAUAAUGAUUUCCCAGUUUAUAGUGUGUAUAUUAAGCGUGUGAAAGUCUCGUGAUAAGUACACAUACAUAUACCAACGCUGUUUUUAUAUUAACUGGGUUUUAUGUGGUAGACAAACCCAGUAAAUUUCCAAUUGGUAAAAUAUGAUAAAACUGUGAAAGAUACAUGUGUCAUAAGCAAUGUGAUUCAUCAGAUUCAAUGUGUUGUACAAAGCGAUAUCAGUUUUAUGUAAAUUUUUGAAAAUUUUCUUUUUUUCAUGCAAUUGUAUCAUCUGGUGUCUAGUCCCUUUAAGCUUCGCCUUAGACUUGGUGUCAUUGGCAUCGUCUGCAAAAAUUUAUUCUUUGCCAUAAAUAAAAAAGUCCACAAUAUUCAACAAAAACUUGAUACAGAUCUUUCCAGAGUAUCCGACUGAAACUUGGUACAGACGUUUCAAGAAACAAUAUGCAAGUGUUCAGAAAGACCAAUAACUCUGGCUUUUAUAUCCUUUGCCAUAACUGAAAAAGUCCACAAUAUUCAACUAAAACUUGGUACAGAUGUUUCAAGAAACAAUAUGCAAGUGUUCAGAAAGACCAAUAACUCUGGCUUUUAUAUCCUUUGCCAUAACUGAAAAAGUCCACAAUAUUCAACUGAAACUUGGUACAGAUGUUAUGCCCCUUUAACAGUUGGAAAACUCAUGCUACAGUUGAGCAUAAUUGAAUAUGAUAAUUUCAUCUGAUUUUCUUUUAAAACAAAACAAAUAAAGACAACAACUAUAAUUGAGUAAUUUUAAUUAUAAUAUUAUCAUGAAGUUCUCAGCAAAGAAUGUUUAUGGAUUUCUCCAAGUGCCAAAAAUCUUGAACAAAUAGUCAAAAUAUGUUGUAUAUCAUUUUUUUGUAACAUUGAUAUAAUAGUUUGUAAAAGUUUUCUUUUCCUGAAAUCUACUGUAUUCUUUUGAACAUAUUCUUAAAAUACCUCAUGCACUAGUUUAAAGUGAAAAUAUUUAACAAGUAACAUGUAUGAAUGGAAAUGAAAUGCAGUCACAAGACCUGAGAAUGGUAAAAUCCCUGCACCUACAAAUACUCCAAUGCUACAGGCCCGAUACAAACAUACUUUUUGCAUUGUAUUGUACAAAUCUGUAUUGGCCUUUAGAUUUUCCUUAGAGCCUAAUUGUUUGAAAAAUCUUGAGCAGAAUAAGUAUCUCAUUACAUUUAAUAAAUUUCUUAUUUAGAUCAAAAUCCUGAUUAUCCUAAAGUAUUUUUCUUUCAAAAGUCCCAAAACAUUUCAAAAUCAAAAUAUAACAGUUUUACCAAAACAAAAACUAUAAGAGACUCAAGAUUUUUUGAGAUUUCGGAGCCAGGCCUUUAAUUCAUGAUUUGAUUAUUGUUUAAGAAUCAUUUUGCACAGGCUAGAGAAUGAUUGUUUUUUUAAUUGCCAACCUGAGAGAGAGUGUUUUAGGGAGUAUAAUAUUAAUUUGUGAAAGCGUGUACCCUAUAUUAUGUUAGUAGAUAAUUACAGGGGUGAGUUGCUUAGACUAAUUAGGGAAUUCAAGAGUACCUCUUAGCAAGGACCUAAAUUACCAGCACUUGCACAGUGUACUCAUAUGUAAAGAGUUCUGACACUGUAAACAGUCCACAUACAUCCCAGGUUGUUUUAAAAGAAAUUGGCUGAGGUGCCCGGAAUGAGAAGCCCUCUCUGUGAGGAAUCUAAUUUCUACACAUAGAGAACUUUGAUUUUUGCUAACGUAGAGGUAAAGAGUUUAUUUGCCACCAGCUUAGCAACUUACCCCUGGAUUCAUGCUUUUCACCGGCUCUUGGUGUUUGUACUGUACAUUAUUUCAUUUAGCUGUGAUAUUCAGAAAAAAAAGUAUUUUAUUUUCGUUUUUGUAUCAUCAGGUAUUUGAAGAAUAAUUUAUUGUAAUAUGCAAUUUGUUUAUUUACUAUUUUCAGUUUUGAAAAUUAUGUUAAUUUUUGUUGUUGAACACUUUUCAACACUGUGAUGUGAUCACCAAAGACCCACAUGUAGUUUACCAGUGUCAAACCCAUUAGUGAAACAAGAUUUUUUAACCAGGUUUUCAACGAAAACCGGGUUAUUAGAAUGAGGUUGUCGUUGGGCGGGUGGGCGGUUGGACGAUCGGGCGGGCGGGCUUUCGUCAAACAUUGGUUUCUGUUCAAUAACUUUAGUUAGCAUUGAUAGAUAUUGAUGAAACUUAGAGCGAAGGUAGCUUAUGUGAGGAGCUAGCUUGGGAGGUGGGGUCAAGGUCACUGUUCCUAAAAAUAGAAAAAUAUUUUUCUGCUCAACAACUUAGUUAGAAUUGAUGGAUAGUGAUGAAUCUUAGUGUGAAUAUAGCUUAUAUGAAGCUGCAGAUUGAACUUGCUCAUACAACAAAUUAAUUGGCUAUAAUUUCUGAUUGCCCAUAACAAAAACCUGGUUUCGUCGCAUUGCGGCGCUUCUAGUUUUAAUUGUUCACAAGUGAAAUGUUAAAAUAUAGAGAGGUCAUUUUCUGUACACGAUCAAAUUGUUAUCGGUUUACAAAUAAAUCUGUUUUACAUGUACCGUUUUCCACAUUUAACAUUUAAUUUGUGUUAUUUGACCAAGUUUUAAAUGUCAUCCAUGAGUUUGUUGUGUGAAAAUAUCAUACUAUUUUAGAGUGCAGAAGAAUUAUUUUGUAAUGAAUGUUAACCAAGUUCACUGGCAGGUGCAUUUCGGUUCUGAGGGUAGGGGUGCAAGUCAAAAGCUUACGACCCUAAUUUAUGCCCCUCUCACGUCAUAUCAUGGACCCGCCAUCGUAACUAUUUUGGGGAUUUAAAAAAAAAAAAUAUGUUGGUGGAAAAGCAUAUAGUUGCAAAGAAAACAAAGUUUAAAUAAAUGUAAAAAUUCUAUAUACUUUGCCAACACAGCCCCUUAUUUUCGAGAACAUUCAUAUAUUAGCCUAUUAUUUAUUUGAAACACUUAGAAAAACCCAACUUGAAUCAUAAGGUUUUCGUUUCUAUUUCUAUUUUAGAUUGCUGGCAAAGUUUUGGGCCAUUUUAAAUGAUUAUAAGUAUUAGCAUGUACACUUCUCAUCUUGUAAUCAUAUUGAUCAUGCUCAUUCUGUGGUGAUUUUAAAUAAUAUAUGUAUGAGGACAACAUUUAAAUGUGUACAUGUAUUAUACCAUACAUUUUAAGCCAAUGAAAUCGCCUAUCCGCUUUCAAUAAGUUCCAGGCUUAAUUGUUAAGAUAUGUGGUUUUACAGACAUAUCAAUGAAAAAGGUAACAAGUCAUUAAGAGCAUACUAAGUAAAGUCAUCUAAGUAAUACUUGCAUAUAAAUUCAAUACAUAUACAUACAUUAUUACACGUGUAUAACAAAAAUAACAAAAAUAAUUUUUGAGUGAUUAACCUUGAACUAUUUACUAAAUAAUGCAUUAAUGGAUAAUAUUAAUUACUGAUAACAAGAUUGUAAACGUGUAUUUGAUAGCUGAAAAUGCACAAAUAUUAAAUGAUUGGUGAGUGCUAAAAGAUUAAGAGUGAUAAAAAAUUGAAAAUUCGAUAUUACUGUUUGCAUAGGAACCAAUAUUGUUUUCAAUAUUUAUUCAUCCUUUUCGGUAAAUUAAAACAAUUGUAUUAAUUGUGGUAUAUCUUAUUUGGGAUUAAGAGUGCAUCUUUAAGAAUAAGAAUGGUUUGCUCCCUCUAUUUGCUCCGCCCUUCUAAAUCAUUAUUUUUUUUAUUAAUUCAGACUUAAUUAAACCAUAACCUUUGUAUAGUUUGUAAACAGGAAAUUAAGUAGUUGUAUUUCUUAGGUUGUUUGUUUUUACUUAUAAGUGCUAGAAAGCAAUGGAAUAUGACAUUCUAUCAUAUUAUAUUACAUUAUUACUAUGUAAUUCAUGUAAUACUUAUUGAAUAGUUUUUCAGUUGUGCUGUUAUUUCUCAAAAUGUUUUACAAUAAAAUUACGAGAAAUUUA